UCACACCAAAAGGGGAAAAAACCUUAAUUAUAUGCAGCCAGCUUACAUACAUGUACUGAAAGAGAGACACAUGGCAUGCAUGCGGGGAUGGUGCAGCGGGAUUCGAUGCAACUCGUGGUGGGAUGCAAAAUGAAUCAUUCCUCCACUUAACUCACGAAUCUAACCACACUACGAUCACGGUUAUUAAAAGAGUAGUGUCUGUGAGCAGUAAUUAAUGUAAUACGGGGCGGGUUUGACUUUUGGAAGACCACAUAGGCGGAGGGGAGCGAAGAGUGAGGACGCAUGGGGAAGUAAGUUCUUAAAUGGUGUGCAGCGGAUAGACAUACGAGUCCCGUGAAGCAAGCUGCGAGUGCCGAACUUGAAUACUCGAAUGAAGCUCAUAGGUGUCAACACCAACCACUGAGAGCCCACAAGAGCCAAUGGAACUCAGUAAAGUGACGUUGGAGAUCUUCUCCAAACUCGAGCAGAAAUGGCUCUCUCGCUGCGAAACCACCACCAAAACACGCAUUCUCAGCAUUGACGGCGGAGGAACCACUGCCGUUGUUGCCGGUGCUGCUCUCGUUCGCCUCGAGGACCAGAUCCGUCUCCAGACUCGCGAUACCCAGGCUCAAAUCGCCGAUUUCUUUGACAUCAUUGCUGGAACCGGCAUUGGUGCCAUUCUCGCAGCCAUGAUCACUGCCGACGACGGCUCCGGCAGGCCCCUCUAUACUGCCAGAGAUGCCGUUCAUGUUAUCACGCAGAGGAAUUCCGAGCUCUUCAAAACUAAACUCCCCGGAGUUUUCCGCUGGCAUCGCAGACUUUCUUCCAAGAGCAUGGACAAGGUGCUAAAGGAAGUGUUCCGGAGCAGACGGGAUGGACGAUUUUUGACUCUGAAGGACGCGUGCAAGCCCCUCCUGAUACCAUGCUUUGACCUCAAGAGUGCAGCCCCGUUUGUGUUCUCAUGGGCAGACGCGUCCGAGUCGCCUAGCUUCGACUUCGAGCUCUGGAAAGUAUGCCGCGCCACCUCAGCCACGCCAAGCCUCUUCAAGCCUUUUCAGCUGAUCUCCGUCGACGGAAAGACCUCCUGCCGUGCCAUCGACGGUGGACUGGUGAUGAACAAUCCGACGGCCGCGGCCGUCACUCACGUGCUACACAACAAGCGUGAUUUUCCUUCAGUGAAGGGCGUGGGAGAUCUCUUGGUCCUCUCCAUAGGCAAUGGGACGUCGAUGAUAGGAGGUUCAGGAAGAAAGGCGUGCGAGAAGGAGGAGACAUUGUGUUCGAUGUUGUCGAUGGUUGAGAUAGUGGUGGAGGGUGUUUCCGAAACCAUUGACCAAAUGCUGGGGAAUGCCUUCUGUUGGAACCGGACGGACUAUGUAAGACUCCAGGCGUUGGGUUUGGGGAGCGGAGAGGAGUUGCUGAAGGAGAAAGGUGUGGAGUCGUUGCCCUUUGGCGGGAAGCGGUUACUGAAAGAAACAAACGGACACAGAAUCGAUAGCUUUGUGCAGCGUCUUGUCGCUUCGGGAAAGACCGACCUCCCGCCUCCUAGUGCUGCCAACGCAUCCGCCGUUAACCCUGUCGGCGGCAGUUAGUUCUUUCUUUAUUUCUUUUUUCUCUUUAGAUCAUCACGGUGUCGGUUAAUUGUAUUCAAAGUUCCCGUCCUUGCUUUUACCACGCCUUUUGUCAUAGUCAACUAGCACUUGAUAGAAACUGGUAAUAAUUAACUCACCACCAAUUCGCAUCAUCA